GUCAGGGAGAUCUCCUCGAGGUGCAGCAGGAGCUGCUGAAUUCCAAGGCUGGGCGGAUUCUCUUGGAGGGCCAAAAGAGGCUGGCGGAGCAACUGACGGACCUCCAGGAGACGGCUAUCUCGCCCCAGCUCGAAGCUGUCCAGCAGCGAAGCCGUCGCUUCCUCACGCGCCUGGCCACCGACCGGAAGGUGAAGACCAAGGCCUCUGAGCUUCUUGGGGCCGUGGAGAAGAAGAUCGCCGGCGCGUCGGAUCGCCUCGAGGACUGGGUGGCCACCGUCAAGGAGCAGGUCUUGGCUCAACUUGGCGCCAAUCGGGCGCUGUUGGUCGAGAGCCUGUCAGGGCUUUCCCUGCAGCUGCAGCAGGCCGACCUAAGAGAACUGUUGUCUGGCGUCGCUUGGGAAAGCGCUGCCGGAUUGCAGAUUCUGGAGCGGACUCUGCUGCAAGCAGUUUCGGUUUCCGGUGUGGAUUGCACCGGAACGGAGCUCCUCGACCGCUUUGAGAACUCCUCCUCCUUCUCUGACCUACCGGUGCUCCGGCAAAGUUCCGGCGGCUUGCUUUCGCUUCUUGAGGACCUUCACCUGGAGAUCCCUGCUGCAGUUCGGCAACUGCUCGAGGCUCAGGCCGCUGGCAGGGCACAGGACGCCGCCAGCUGGAAAGCUGCCCUGGUGAGCAGCCUUGACGAUGACGUCGUCGUGCAGGGCGCUUCCUCCCUGCUGGAGCAAAGUGAGCGCGUGCUCUCCCAACUCCAGGAGUGGAAGAGCAGUGAGGCCGUCGCGCGCGUGGUGGGACGCCUGGAGGGCGAGGACCUGGAGCGGGAAGUCAUGCGAAGACUGCACGACUUUAACCCCGGCGAGGCCCUGGCGCAAGCCGAAGAUGCCUGGUCCAGCGUGGAGACGCGCGAAGAGCUCGUGAACCAACUGAAGGACACGUGUCUCGAUUUUAUCCUCCGGAUCUUGCCGGCCAUUCAGAUCGAGAAGGUGUCCGGCAACACCAAGGACUGCGACUACCAGAUCAGUGACAUCAGCUUUUCGGAUUUCUCUUUCCGGAAGGAGGACGUGCGCGUGACCCUGGGCGACUUGAAUCGAACAGACGAGGACAUUCUGCAGGUGAAGGCCUGGGACAUCAGCGCGCAUUUCUACGGCCUGAAGGUCAGUGUUGCAAACUCCAACACCUUCACGACCAUGAGAGCCGAGUGCAAGGCAGAUGCCAAGGCGGAGCGCAUGUCCGUGAACUUCGCCUUCCGCUGGAAGCAGGGCUCUGCCGGAGAGCUCCCGAAGCUGGUCAUGACAAGCCGCAGCAUCCAGAUGGAGAGCUUAAACCUCUAUGUGCACGAGACAGACUGGGGCGUGUCUGCAAUGGUCAACGCAUUGACCUACCUCUUCGCAGACGUGCUGAAGAGCUAUGCGUGCGAGAAGAUCGCAGACAAGCUGGAUGAGCACAUGGACCCUUUGAUCGAGAGCUUGAACCACUCCCUGGUGGCCUGCAAGCCUUUGCUGGAGCGGCUGGGUCUUGCGGAGAUGCUGCGGCCAAGCCAGGUCGCCGUUGCACCAGCCGUGGAAUGCAGGAAUGGUGCCUUUUUGGAUGCAGAGCCCCCGGAUGGCGUUGUCCCGGGGCCAGCAGCCAGGCCUCCUACGCCACCUGCGUGCUCGGGCGCUGAGGCCAUGAGCAGGAUGUACAUGAACCCGCUUGAGGCUAUCUGA